AUGAAGAAUGAAGAAAUUUACCUCAAGUCUCAAAAUGUUGAUAAUAAAGAUAUGGUAAGUAAAACAGAUCAGAAAGAUGAAAAGGAUGAUUCAAAUAUGAAUAGAAUUUUGCACGGUCAGACAAAUGAAAUAGAAACAAAUAUAAUCUGUCAUUCCGAAAAUAUAGAGAAUAAAAUAUUUGAUAUAGAUAACAGCUUUAACAAUAAGCAGAUAUCAACAAUAGAAAGUGAAAACAACCUGAAUGACGAAUACGAAUUUGGAUGCGUUAAAGAAAUUUUGAAUGACCAGGAAAUACAAUCUAUUUCAAAAAUCAUGAGAAGUAAGCAUAUUAAUUAUGAGAAAAAUACAUCUUCUGAGAAUAAUUUAGAAGAUGCCAAUUUGAUUGUAAUAAAAAGUGAUGAACUGGUGGACAAUUAUCAAGGCGAAACUUUGAAUAGAAUAGACACGUUGGACCAUGGUGGAAUCCUAAUAAACCAUGACGAUAUAUGCAAAGAGAACAUUUCCAAAAAUAUAGAUAAGCGUGAGAAUGACAACAGAGGUAGUAUCAAGAAUUGCGAAAUCAGUGAAAUCGAUGGAGAGAAUAAUGAAACAAGUUCAAGCCAUAUUUUCAAAAUGUCUUAUGUGGAAAAGGGCGAUGGGAGAUGUGCCAACUUGAGCACGCCACAUGAUAAGUUUUUUGAUGAAAAAAUGUCAUACCCAAAUGAUAGUAAUAAUGUUCAAUAUAAAAAAGUAGAAGAAAACGAAAAGGAGUAUACCUAUUUUCAUAAAAAAGAAAGGAAUGACAACAAGGACUCGAUAGAUAGGGGAGUCAACAUGGAUUUUAAUGCAGUAGAAUCGGAUAGAAAUUUUUACGAUGAACAAGAUAUAGAAAUGCGAUACCAGAGGCCUUUCUAUGAGAAGGUCCAGUGGGUCCCUUCGGAGAGGAAAUCCGAUAAAGGGGGCGAAAACGAGAACAGAAACGAGAACAGAAAUGAGAAUGAUAACAGGGAUGAAAACAAUAACGGGAUCGAAAACGAUAACCAUAAGGGGGACGGAAACGAGAACGAGAACAGAAACGAGGACGAGAACAGAAACGAGGACGAGAACAGAAACGAGGACGAGAACAGAAACGAGAAUGAGGACGGAUACUACGACGAAGCACAUUCAUGCAUUGUUUCCGUUUCCUCAAAAUACACCAUGGAUUAUGAAGAAGCUGAUCAUAGUCACUGUGAAAAUUACUUAUCCCAAAAGAGUUCAGAUAAAUCUGAACAGGAAAUUUCAAAUAUUAUUUCCUCGCCUAAGUGUGACGAAGAUGGAAAAAAGAAUUAUUCAGAUUUUGAAACGAGAGAAGUUAAAAAAAAUGGAAAAACAGAAAGUAGUUCCAACCCACGAGAUAAACAUUCUUAUGAUAAUUACACAGACGAUAAUGAAUUCCACAAAAACCAUAGUAAUGGUAAUAUAGUUAUCACAUUAAAUAGUUAUGAAAACAGCAAUAGAAAUAUGGACGCAGAUGAUCUAAAAACUAAAAUAGACACAAAUAUUUCUGUCAUAACUAAUGAAAAUGACAUUGUGAAAAGUGAUAAGACGAAAGAAGAGGGAAUUUCAUGUGAUGAACAAAACGAUGAGAAUAGUAGCAGAACGAAUGAGAAGAAUGGAAAUAUCAAUGACAACAGUGAUAACAGAAAUAGUAACCAUCCUAGCAGUAUUGAUGAUUCACAUGGAGUUAGUAAUAAUAACGGAUAUGCAGACAAUUUAGUGGAACGGGUUAACAAUUCUACAAAAUUAUACAAGGAUGUCAAAAAUAGCUAUAAUAUAUGGGCUGAACAGGGAGGCGAAAAGGACAAAGAGGAAUUAAUUAAUGAAUCCAAAGUUUCUUAUGAGAAUAUUUUAAAAAAUUGCAUAAACGAAAAGGGAGUAAAUAAUAAAAACGAUCAUGAGAAGAAGACUGAAGAUUAUAUCAUGAUGAACACAAUUGUGCAUCAUAAUGAAAAUUCUAAUGAAAAUUCUAAUGAAAAUUCUAAUAAAAAUUCUAUUGAAAAUUCUAUUGAAAAUUCUAUUGAAAAUUUUGAUAAGGAGAUAUUUUAUAAUGAAAAGAGCACGAUAAUUCCUGUAAAUGUAGAAAAUGAUUUGAACGUGACUCAGAUGAAAUCCUCAAUUCAUGAUGCAGAACAAUCAAUGGAACAGAACUCGAAUGUUACUACUAUGGAUAACCCCACGAAGGAAAGCAGUAAAAGUGAUGUCAAUGGGUCUAGUGAUGGUUAUAUCCUUGGUACUCGUAUUGUCAAUAGAGACUAUUUCUUUAAGCAAGAACAAAAAGGAAUUUCAUCGGAAAGUAGCGAAUAUAUGAAUAAUAAUGCUGGUUCAAAAUAUUUGAGAGUAACAAAUGAGUGUAGUUCAAAUGGGAAUGAUAAUAUGAACAGUUCACAUCCUUGCAUGAAAAUAAGUAACAAUAUAGAUGAAACGAUAAAUAGUACGAUAAGUGACAAUGCAAAUGAAUACCCAUUAACUGAAGAUGGCAGUGAAACAAAAAAACCAAUGGAUGAACCUAAAGUUGAAUCCUUCAAUGUUGAAAUGAAUUACACAUAUAACAGUAUUACUAAUAACAAUAAAAGACGGAGAAACAAUUUUACAAAUGAUGAAAUGAUCAAAGAAAGAAAGUUAAACACAGGAUCACAACCCAUGUAUGAAAACGUAGAUAGUUACGUGAAUAAGAACCUUAACGAGCAUGUGAAUAAGAACCUUAACGAGCAUGUGAAUAAGAACAUCAACGAGCAUGUGAAUAAAAACCUUAACGAGGAUAUGAAUAAAAACCUUAACGAGGAUAUGAAUAAAAACCUUAACGAGGAUAUGAAUAAAAACCCUAACGAGCAUACGAACAAGCAAUUAUGUGCUACGGAAAAAGGGAAUAAAACACAUUUCGAAAAAAUUCAUACAAGUGUAGAAAAAAAUAUUAAUCUCCAACAGGGAUAUAAAAAUUUAUCAAAUGAACAUUUUGUAAACUAUUCUAAGGAGAACCAUGGGAGUUUCACUUCAGCAAACAAGAACAAUGUUAUCAGUUACUCUACUUAUGAUAAUGAAAAUAUUUUUAUGAAGUAUAACCCUAUUGGGGAUUCUAAUAUACUAGAACAAGGAGCUCAUGUAGACGUUUAUAAUAAGAGUGCAUAUAAUCAUAGUUAUGGAAUUACCAGUGGUGAUGAUAUAGAUCCUCCUUGUAAAAUGCCUAGAAGCCAUAACAUUAAUGACAUCAAAAUUGAUGAUAAUACAAAUGAUAUUUCAGAACACAUUCAGUUGUUAAAUAAAAGUGUGAAAGAUAAUUUUGAAGAAUAUAUAGAUGUGGAAAAUGAAAAUAAUAACAUGUCGGAUGAUUGCAAAAAUUCGAGUGAUGAUAACGCUGAAAAAAAAAAUUCAAGUCAUUUAGAUCUAGGUGAUAAGAAAAAAAAUAAGCCAGACUGCGAGACAUUAUUACCAAUAGCUAACAUAAGUAGAAUUAUGAAAAGAAUUUUACCAGCAUCUGCUAAAGUGGCUAAGGAAAGUAAAGAUAUAAUACGAGAAUGUGUUACUGAAUUUAUUCAAUUCCUGACUAGCGAAGCUAGCGACAGAUGCCUUAGAGAAAGAAGAAAAACUAUCAGUGGCGAGGAUAUCUUAUUUUCCAUGGAAAAAUUAGGAUUUAACGAUUAUGUGGAACCCCUAUAUGAAUACCUGACCAAGUGGAAACAACUCAAAGGAAUGAACAAUAACUCCAAUAAUUGUCAAGAAAAGAAACAUGAAAAUUCUAAACUUCCUCUUAAGGCAAAUACGACAAUGAAUAAAAACACAACUGAAGUUAACUUGAAUAAUAAUACAAUUAUCAACAAUGGAGGAGACAAUACAAUUCAUUCGAAGGAUAGCAAUAAUAUGAUGAAUGUAUAUAGGAACACAAAUGAAAUCUUUGAAAACAAUAUAAAUCAUUUGUACUAA